AUGGCAUCUUCCUCUGCAGCCCUUCUCUACGCCGCGACCGUUGCGACACCGUCAGUGGCGAGUGCCAAACCCGACGAUGAGAUCACUAAAUCAAAAGCAUGGCACGUAAAGAGUGGUGGCUUCAACAAUCCCUGGCCGUCGUGGCAGAUGCAUGGAUUUUUCACCAUCAUCGGAGGCCUCCUCGCCAGAAGAUUCAAAGGGACCGCCAAUAAACCAGACACCACUCCUCCGACCGUUCCGGUACAUCCUCCGACAUUUUUACCCUCACGCGCCGGCCAUACUUCUUCCCUGCGGGCCACAUGGCUCGGCCACGCCUGUUAUUAUGUCGAAUUUCCCUCCGGACUCCGAGUUCUCUUCGAUCCCGUCUUCACGGCCCGGUGUUCACCGUUUUCAUGGCUGGGACCCAAAAGAUACACCGAAAUGCCAUGCCAGAUCAAAGACAUACCCACGAUUGACGCAGUGAUCAUUUCCCACAACCACUAUGAUCAUCUCUCACGUCCGACAAUUAUGGAGAUCGCAGGACAUCACCCUGAAUGCCAUUUCUUCGUCCCCUUAGGCAACAAGAAGUGGUUUGAGGCCUGUGGAGUCAAGAAGUGCACCGAAUUGGAUUGGUGGGACGAGGCCGAUUUCGCAUUGACGCCCUCCCAAUCCUCGGAAAGGGAUACGUCCCAGAGAACAAGCGUAACCUCAGCCGACAGCCCCGAACUAAAAGCCCAAAUAUCCUCGGCUGAUACUAUCACAUCCCGCAUCUCCUGUCUGCCUUGCCAACACAUUUCCGCGCGAAGCGUUCACGACCGUGCCGCCACUCUCUGGGCCUCCUGGUCUGUCUCUUCCGGCGGCAAAUCCGUCUUCUUCGGCGGCGACACGGGCUAUCGAACCGUCCCGAAGGAAUCAGACGGCAAAGAUGACUGGGCGGAGGAAUACGCUUCACUUCCACAUUGCCCGGCUUUCGCGGAUAUUGGCCGUCUCCGUGGGCCUUUCGACCUUGGACUGAUCCCUAUCGGCGCCUACAUGCCCCGAUGGAUCAUGAGUCCAAUGCAUGCCAACCCUCGCGAUGCCGUCGAGAUCUUUAGGGACACGAAAUGCAAGAAAGCUCUCGGUAUGCACUGGGGAACCUGGGUCUUGACGGAAGAAGACGUCCUUGAACCGCCCAAGUUGCUGAAGAAGGCGUUGGCUCAUCACUCGAUGCCAGAGACAGGUGUUUUCGAUGUUUGCGAUAUUGGCGAGAGUCGGGAGUUCUAG